AAAAAAAUUGAUGUAAUGUGUUGUCACAGUUGACUACAAACAUGUGGUCUUAUUAUUAUUAAUACAAACUUGUAUUAACACAACACAACACCAAUGGAUAACAUUGAGACCAUCGAUGAAGACGACUGCGACGGUAAUAAAACACUUGAUAACCAGUUUUAUGAAUGUCUAGUCAUCGAUGGCCACAACAAACGGUUUGUCUGUAAAUAUGAAAACUGUGAACAAACAGAAAUUGAUGAAUCAGUUAUGAUUAAUCAUCUAAGUCUACAUUUGGUCCAAGAUUUGGUUGAUAAUGACAAUGAUAUCAAUGACAUUCAAUGUCAGGAAGAAGAAGAAAAACAAAUUGAUUUUCGAGUUGUUAUCGAUUUGUCAGAAGAAUCCAAUAAUUCUAAUGAUUGCGAAAAUACCGACAAUUUAUUACCUAAAGUCGAUAUAAACUCAUUGAAUAACGGUUGGGAACAAUGGAUUCAAAGGAAACAAAUUGAUAGCAAAGACAUACAUUUCUGCAAUUGGAGUGACUGUCACUUCGAGACUGAUCUGAGAAUCAAAUUGAAACGACAUAUUAUGAAUAAGCAUUUGAAUGACAAGACUGACACAAAUAUUCAGAAAACAGAUAGUAUUUGUCAUCAAAUAUUCAAUCAUAACGAGUCAGUCGUUAAGUUUGAAUGCAAUUCAGAAAUUUCAAGAAAUACAGCAAAGUAUGAGAAAAGUAAAACUGCAGCGAAAGAUAUGAAUAAAUUGAAUGAUAUGCCAAUUGAAAUGAAAAAUAACGAUAAUUCAAAGUUUGAGUCAUUUGUAAGCAAUUUGAUUGAUGUCAGUGUCGGCCAAAACGGUCGGUUAAGUCUCAAAGGUAUGGCAAGUGUUAAGAAAUUGAAGGAUCACAUUGACUGCAAAGUAGUGGAUGGCGUCAAAUGGUAUUACUGUCGUUACAAUGAUAAGUGUAACUAUCGGUCUAAACGCGGACAAGCACUUUGUAUUCAUAUCCAUACGGCUCAUAUUGGCGUCUAUCUCAAGUGCUUUCAAACCAAUUGCGGUAAAAUUUUCCGCACGGCUACCUCAUGGCGUGAACACCAGAAAUGUCAUGUCUGCAACUUUGGAUGCAAAGGAGUUACUGGUGUUUGUAGUAAUAGAAAUAUUAACAAAUAUCGAGAAAAGGUGGUCACAGACACAAACAUAAAGGCCUAUCGAUGCAAAUGGUCCGACUGUAACACUACAACAGUCCAUUCAUCGGGUAUUCGGAGACAUAUUCAUAACACACAUAUCUGUCCCUAUUAUAAUAGCGAUGUUUGGAAAGACAAGUUUAAUGAAUCUCUACAGAGUUGUGAUGAUAACAACAAUAACAUAUCCAACGAUUAUAUUAUUAAACCAAAACAACAACAAAAACAAUACUUAUGUCACAAUAAUGGGUGUAAAUUGUCUUUUUAUAAUGAAGUUGAACUCAGAAGACACGAAAAAUUGUUUUGUGAGUUAAGAAAAUUCUCCCAAAAAUCUGCAAUUAAUAAUAAAAGAGGUUUUACUAAAAACAAAAAUAACAAGAAUAAUGAAGGGUAUGGUAACUAUAAAUCGAUUGUUAAAACAAAUAAAAACAGUUUAAAUAUAGUCAAACAAAAGCAAAAAUUGUCUAAAAAUGUUACUAAAAAUGAAUCUAAGAUAACGAAAUCUUUAAACAAUAUCAAUGAUUGUCAAACUAGUAAAACACAAGUAAAUGACAUAACAACUAAUUAUCAUCAAAUUAAUCAGUUAAUUAAUAACAAAGAUAUUGAUCCCAAAUGCCAGAAAUAUGUGGAUAUUAGUAUAUUUAAUGGAGACGAUUAUUUUUUAUGUAAAUACUAUGACUGCAAGUUUUCAACAAAAAUUGUUUCCAAAAUUAAUGAACAUAUUAUUCGUCUUCAUUUGGGAUUAAAUCGUAUUCCCAAUAAUGAGAUGAAUCUCCGACUUAGAAAACAAGCGAAUAACAUGACACCUGAAGAAUCUUCAAAUCAAUUGGAUCUGAGCUGUGGUCACACAAGUGAUAACAAUAGGAAGUCAUUUAACUUUAAAAGCCUAACCAUUCCAUUGAAGAGAAUCCAUUCAUUACACGAAAAUAAAAACGAUUAUAAAGUAAAGAGACAAAAGAUUUGUAAUAAAAAUAAUCCAAUAAACAAACCACAAGAGACAGUAAAUAGAGAAUUGAGGUCAAAGAUCAAGAGGACAGCCGAUAAAUUAAAGAAAGUGUCGAUGUCGAUACUAUGGAUUUGAUUUACAAGAGAUUGAGGAACAUAUUCGUGACAAACAUUUAGCGUUUUGCUGCGAUAUCAACAACUGUACCAAAGAAUUCAAGAAUCAAAAUCUGUUGGAUGUCCACAAACGUAAUCAUAAGUGCGGUUUCGGUAUUAAAGGCAUGAAACCGACGGGUGUUUGUGCUCUCAAUAAUAUUCGCAAAUUUAGAGAAGAAAAAGUGUUUAACAAUCAACUACUUUAUUCGUGUCUUUGGAAACACUGUUCUUAUAUUACUGAAGACAAAAACAUGUGUUUAAUGCAUGUCCACAAUCGACAUAUUUGUCUCAAUA